AUGAGCACCCCUUACGCUCAUUAUUCAAAAACGAAUUACAGUGUUGGGACCGACGAGGAGAAAGGCGGAAUCAAUCUCUUGAUUUCCGCCAUAUCGCUGAUGAUGGGCGAUAUAAGGGCGAUCUCUGCGACGCUCACUCACCUUUACAAAUCGUUGACUCGGUCUCACAAAGCUCAUCUCCGACUCAUUUCCUCUGUAGGUAGGAUCCCUCCGGAGCUCUUAUCCGAUAUCUUCAUCCUUAGCGGCACCGCGGAGGCUGCUCAUCUACCUCCGCAUGAGGCUUCCAUACCCUACUUUCACCAUCACAGUAAAGUCAAACUCAGUGCAUCCGGGCGUCUUAAUGUUGCCCAAGUCUGCCGUCGAUGGAGGAAUAUCGCGCUAGGGACUCCGAAGCUAUGG